CUCAUCACGCACACUGGGACUUCUCUAACAAACUGCUGAGUUUGCAGGCUCUCUGACAGUUGACUUUGUAUCUCCGAAUGUCUCGUUCAAACACAAAAAGCGAAGUAUGGAUACCGGACACGUUUGUAGACUGGAAUCCAUUGGGAGAGAAUCACUACGUAUCAGACUGGGUUGUCGGUGAUAAGAUGCCGCGGCAAUGUUACAAUAAUCCAAAACCGGAAGAUCAACUCAUGUACGAAGCACCGUGGGCUAAAGAUGCUCCGAACCGGAGACCUGGCUGGGGAGCGUUCUAUGAAUGGAAAGUAGAAGAGCUUUGUCACUGUACUCACGAGGACAACCUAGAAACCAUUGUACAGUCUGACGGUUUCGAUUUAAGCUUGGAAUUUGUUGGAUGUCCGAAACAGUCUUUGCGUAUUGGUUUUGAACCAUCUCGGGUCCCAUACUAUCUGGAAAACGUCGGUCCUUUGUCGUGGUGGCACGUGUUUCUGCCAUAUGAUGACGUCAUCAAUGUACGUAGUCAGGAAUAUGAUUGGAAAGAAGAAGGAAGUGGGGACAAUCAAGACACGUGGAAGGUCGCCGGGUUUGGCAAUUCUGGUAUGUUUUCUUGUACUUCUCGCUAUGGGCAGUAUUGCUGCAAAGUAACUUUUGAUGACAUGAUGGCAGCCUACGCUAAGUGCAUGAAAGUGUCGAUAGAUCAACUCUUAUUCAUGAAUGGUGGCACUCUAGCGUACCAGUUUGAAGUACAACACAACGUUAUUGUUGCUACACCAGAAUACAAGACUGCAGCGUGGCCAGACUUGCUUAUGAUUCCUCCAGAGUGUCAUGAGUACCAGCAGUUCUCUGUGCAAUACGACCAAAGGCGAGGUUUACCAUCAAGUACGGUAAAAAUGAGGUCUUCCACGGAUCAUCUCAAUUUUUAUUGCAAUGGUAGACAAAGAAACUUUCGCAAACAGUACUAUCAACAUGUUGCCUUGGCAUUCUGGCUGCCACAGAGUAAGUCAAUUCAACUACCGGCUGAGAAAUGUCAAGUUCGCAUUGUGAAUCACGAAGGAAUCUGCGUGCGACGUGAAGGUGAGCGCAGGUGCAGACCUGAUGAUGAACGAUCUGCAGAAGCAACGGCAAUGAAGAUCCAAACAAAUCUAAAUGACGGAACGUUGAAAGAAGAAACACCGUGGGUGAAGAAAGUGCUGACAGAUAACAAUGAGUUGUUCUAAAUUGUCUGACGUUCUGAU